AGUUAAAAUGCUCUCACGAAUAUUCAUGACAAAUAUUUAAUAUUAUAAUGUAUUAAUUAGAUAAGUAUUUAAAUACCUUAUUUAUUAGAUUUUUACCUUAAUUAGUGUGUAAAUAAACUAAAUGUAUAACUAAAUACCUAGUAUUAGAUGAUUGAAAUUAGACAGCCAGAUUCUCUGACUCUGAAAUUAAAUUGAGGUACAAGAGAAGCAAAAACAAAACUGGAAUGAUAGACUAAAGGCAUUUAUUACAUUGAAAAUAAUAUUCUUAUUAUUUUACCCAUUUAUUUCUGCAAAUGGGAACAAUUAGACGAUUUGCCUUAAAGCAAAUUAUAUUUUAAAUCUCAUUAUAUAAUUGAAAUCUUAUAUUUUAAAGUACCUGAGUAUACCUGUCUCUGUUAAUUUACAUAUUAAUAACUAGUAUUAAAUUGUUUAUUGUGAAAAGUUACUAAAACGACCGAUAUCCAGGAUAGAUGGCUCAUUCUAAUUAUAAUGAAAAAUGAUAUGUAAUAUAUUUCAUUAUAUAAAAUGGCUGAUAUUUCUAUUAUUAUUCCAAUACAUAAUGGUGAAAAAUGGAUAAAUAGUUGUAUGAAAUCCAUAAGUGCUCAAUCUAUAUUAAAAACAAAGUUAAAAAUAGAAAUAGCUGUUUUCAAUGAUGGUAGUAAUGAUGGUACAAAACAAUUACUUGAUGAAUGGGCUAAAUAUUUUAAUUCUAAUGGAAUAAAGUUCAUUUUGACCAAUUCACCAACAUCAAGAGGUGUUGGAGCUGCCAAAAAUGGUGCUGUCAAGAGUAGUGUGGGUACUUUUCUUUGUUUUCAAGAUAUAGAUGAUAUUAUGCAUGAAAACAGAAUACUUCUACAGUGGAGGGCUGCAUAUUCUAAUCAUAAUGCUCUUAUUGGCAGUCAAAUAUCUCGAAUACCUGCAUCAUCUACACCACGUUUUGUUCAUUGGGCAAACACUAUUAAUUCACUGCAACAGAAACUACAAAUAUACACAUCCAAUGGACCAACAUUACUUAUGCCAACAUGGUUUUGUCACAGAUCUAUUUUUGAAAAAGUUGGAGGUUUUGAUGAAACAGGUCAUGGCACACCAGAAGAUCUCAUAUUUUUUUAUAAACAUUUGGAUUUAGGAGGAGAUGUUCAUAGGAUUGAUGAAAAGUUGGUAAUAUAUAGAUACCAUGAAGGAGCCACAACAUUUUCUAUAGAUCAGAAAAAAAUUAAGAAAAUUCAGUUGGAACAAUUAGAAAAAUGCGUUUUCCCACAUUGGGAAAGGUUCACUGUUUGGAAUGCAGGUAAAUCAGGAAGAAAAUUUGUAAGAUCCCUAAGUCAGACAACACGUAAUAAAGUUAUAGCAUUCUGUGAUGUUGAUAAAAAGAAAAUAGGUAAGUCUGUUGAAUUAUACUGUCCUAUCAAAAGAGAAGUAUUAAAAAUAUUACCUGUGGUCCAUUUUAAAGAUGCUAAAUUGCCUUUAUUAAUUUGUGUUAAAUUAGAUCUCACUAAUGGUGAAUUUGAAAAAAAUCUCAGGAGUCUGAAUCUUAUUGAAGGUAUUGAUUAUAUUUUGUUUAGUUAAUUUAUUGUUAUUAAUUAACAAUAUAAUAAUAAUACAUGGUAUGUA